AUGGCCUCCCAACUCCCCACCUACAAGCAGGACUUCCUCAAGGCCGCCAUCGACGGCGGCGUCCUCAAGUUCGGCAGCUUCGAGCUCAAGUCGAAGCGGAUAUCGCCCUACUUCUUCAACGCGGGCGAGUUCCACACCGCGCGCCUCGCCGGGGCCAUCUCCUCCGCCUUUGCGCAGACCAUCAUCGACGCGCAGCAAAAGGAGGGCCUCGACUUUGACAUUGUCUUCGGCCCCGCCUACAAGGGCAUCCCUCUGUGCUCGGCCAUCACCAUCAAGAUCGGCGAGCAGGCGCCCCAGAACCUCGACCGCAUCUCGUACUCGUUUGACCGCAAGGAGGCCAAGGACCACGGCGAGGGCGGCAACAUUGUCGGCGCCCCCCUCAAGGGCAAGCGCGUGCUCAUCGUCGACGACGUCAUCACCGCGGGUACCGCCAAGCGCGACGCCAUCGACAAGAUCCGCAAGGAGGGCGGCAUCGUUGCCGGCAUCGUCGUGGCCCUGGACCGCAUGGAGAAGCUCCCCGCCGCUGACGGCGACGACUCCAAGCCCGGCCCGAGCGCCAUUGGCGAGCUGCGCAAGGAGUACGGCAUCCCCAUCUUCGCCAUCCUGACCCUCGACGACAUCAUUGCCGGCAUGCAGGGCUUCGCGACGCCCGAGGACGUGCAGCGCACCGAGGAGUACCGCCGCAAGUACAAGGCGACGGACUGA